AUGGGAGGACUUGUUCCUUGGUUGUUUUUUCCCCGUGAAAGCGCUGACCGAGCCGUGUUAUCGCUCUCCCGCAUCAACGUUUCCCUGGGAAACUUUGCCAUCACCUGCAUGGGGGGAAUCGAAGCUGAACAGGCUGAGGCAGCUCACGCGUACUGGUCAGUCCCUAUUAAGCACUCUGAGAGAACAGGGAAUCUUUUCCAAAGAAUACUGCAGCAUCCGGAUGGGACAGUCUUGAAGCAGUUGCAGCCACCGCCCCGCGGCCCUCGGGAGCAAGAGUUCUACAACAAGGUUUAUGACUCUGGCUGUUGUGACAGCAUUCUUCUGGAGCUGCGGGAAUACCUGCCAAAAUACUUUGGUGUCUGGUCACCACCUGCUGCACCAAAUGAUACAUAUCUAAAACUGGAAGAUGUGACCCGUAAGUUUAAGAAGCCAUGUAUAAUGGAUGUAAAAAUAGGUCAGAAAAGUUACGAUCCGUAUGCAUCAGCUGAAAAGAUCCAGCAACAGGUCAGCAAGUACCCGCUAAUGGAAGAGAUCGGCUUUUUGGUGCUUGGCAUGAGGGUUUACCACGUCUGCACUGACAGCUACGAGACCCAAAACCAGCACUACGGAAGGAGCCUCACGAAGGAAACCGUAAAAGAUGGUGUCUCCAAGUUCUUUCACAACGGGUACUGCCUAAGAAAAGAUGCUGUCGCUGCCAGCAUUCAGAAAAUUGAGAAAAUCCUGGAGUGGUUUGAGAGUCAGGAGCAGCUCAACUUCUACGCCAGCUCGUUGCUGUUUGUGUAUGAGGGCUCGUAUCAGGCGACCACCGUGCGGUUGGGCGAGGUCACCUUGGCAGAGAAGAGAGUCCUGCCCAGGGGACUGUUAGGAGGAGACAUACUGGAGUAUAAUAAUAAUAUUCACGUAAUAAAUUCUACAGAGAAUGGGAAAAUAGAGGCCUCGGUAAGUAAAGGCUUGUCCAAGUUUUAUGCACUUCACAAAAAGGCGUAUUCCAAGAGACACCACCACGGUCAGCUCUCACUCAAAGUUGAAAACUUGGAGCAGGGCAACGUGUGGAAAAGGAGCACUUGCAUAACCCAGGAGCAUCUGAACGGGAACGUUCUACCCCAACUGGAAAAAGUUUUCUGUCACGUGCCAGCGGAAAUCAAGGAAAGCGCAAACGUGGAAGUCCGAAUGAUAGAUUUUGCUCACGUGUUUCCUAGCGACACGAGGGAUGAGGGCUACAUUUAUGGUCUGAAGAAUUUAAUCACAGUACUUCAAAAUAUUUUGGAUAAUUAAAUUCUUUGUUAUGGUUUUUACUGGGGGCCAAUGAUAAAGAAGAGCAACAACAUGAAGAAUUUCUGCACUUGUAAUGCUGUAUAACUGGGUUUGUAUUGUUCUACUAUAUUUUAUUUGUCUUUGUACUUUUGGUAGAAGGGUUUAACUUUUUAUAAUCUCACUCAGGAAAAUAAUCGAUAGUUAAUUAAGAAGUGUGAAAGGAUGAAGAUACUUGAGAUGAAGCAGGAUAGGUAAAUUGUUAGGCUGAAACGUAUAUGGCUGGCUUAAAUCCAAGGAGGACAGUUAUA